AUGACUCCCUGGACACUCCGUCCAUCCGCCGACUCGGACACGCACUCCGGCCCCACCUACACUCGUCCGCUGAGCCUGAACGAGACCGGGUACUAUUGGGACAGCUGCUUCCAAGGAACGACGGACCUCGUUUGGCAUUACGUCGUCCAGUCCGGUCGAGAGCUUUACACCGAGGCCAAUGUCGCUCGAGCGUGGAUACUUCUCAAACAGAGGUACCCCCUCCUCGGUUCGCGAGUCCGCACGGACAAUGGCUCGCAAGACUUGCACUUCGAGGUCGCUCCUGCGCGGUUGGCUCAAGUGCGUCCGGGAGAGCUCAUCCGCAAGCCGAUCGCCAAUGCAGACGAGGCCUUGACGACGAUUCACGACAUUUUACACGGUGUACAGCGGACCUUCGCCGACAUCCCCGCCCGUCUGUUUAUCCUGGAUCGAAUAGACGAGGAGAGCGUUCACCACGUUAUUAUCAAUACGACUCACUUCAUCACCGACGGCGUGUCCCAUAUCAUGCUUUGCCGUGCUUUCUUCGACAUUCUAUCGAGACCAUCGCCCGAAACGAUACCCGACGUAGGCGAGCGUCUCGCCAUGGUGGUUCCUGUCGAGGAGCUGAAUCCUGCGAGACGUGCAAGUGUUGCGACACAAAGGUGGAGGCGAGCCAUCGGUUCUGUAAUUUUCCGGCUUAGAAGAGCCGCUUUACGGGGUGGACAUACUCUACCGGGUAACUUCAGCAGCGGGACCUAUUGUACUCCGGCCGUCAAGAGGGAUCUGCGACAUAGUCUAUCAGCCGAAACAACUUCCUCUAUCCUGCGGUCCUGCCGAGAGAAGGAUAUCACGCUCACGAUGGCCCUUCCCGUCGUCGCUCAGGUAGCGACCGCACGCAUUCUGCAGAAGGAGUAUCGCGCAGGGCGGAUGUCCGACGUGGAAUGGGAGCGCCGAAGGCGAGAGCCGAUGCACUUCUUUCUUCCUGCCAACCUGCGGCCAUAUCUUGAACAGGAGUGGCUAGACCAAGGAGGCUCGUCAGAAGUCUUCCUAUCCGUAAACCUCUUCUACUGCACUCUGCCCUUCAUGCCUACCUGCGCCGACGCCUCGUCCCCCGACAACCCUGGAUCCGAGCUCAUUUUAUCAGACAAACGUUUCCUUUUGCGAUGCCGCCUCAUCAAGAAGCAGAUGGCGAGUUACAUGCAACAUCCGCUUUUCCUGGAGAUAGUGGAGGCCAGCCUGCAGCAAUCUGUUUCGAAACGAAGACGAAUUGCAUGCCACUGGAAGACAGAUGCAUCUGAACAGACGCAUCCAGACGAGAUCCUACCCGCCGUAUUUGGAGAGGACACCACGUACACCGUCGGCGUAUCCAGCGGUGGAAACUACGACUUGAUACAGCCUUCCGAUUAUCCGCUCCCCUCUGACGGUGAAGAAGAAACCGCCUGUACGACCGAAACAAGUAGCGUUGCGCAUGACAGGCAGACCAAAUCACUGCUUCGAGUAAUGUCAUGGGAAACGCAUCUCCACGUCAGGCCGGCAUACUUCUACCUAGGCGCCAUUACAACCCAGGGUUGUAUUUCCUUUCUACUAAGCUGGGAUGGAAACGUUUUCGAUAACUCACUGGUGCAUGACUGGUUCAGGGAGGUCGAGCACGUCCUCGUAUGGUAUCUCGCACGCCAGUAG